CCGCCCACCACCUUGCCCACGCGUCUCUCUCUUUACAAUUAGCUUGUACAAUGUCUGAGCCUACUCCUGCAGACGCAACCGUGCCUUCUGCUGAGCCUGCUACAGCACCAGCGCCUGCGGCAGAGGUUGAAGAGCCCCAGAACGCCCUGACAAAGAAAUUUACUGAGGCCGAAUGGAAGGCACUCAAGGAGUUUAGGGCUACUCUUCCUAGCGUUGUUGAAGAGGUUUAUGGAAAAGAGAAACCAGAGACUAUUAAACUUUGGGGAGUCUCAUUUGACCCGAAAGGAACUGCGGAUGCGCGCGCCAGUGUCGUCUUGAUGAAGUUCCUGCGAGCUAGAGAUUUGAACGUCGAGAAUGCAAAGGCCAUGUUAGUCAAGACGCUCAAGUGGCGAAUCGAGUUCAAGACGGAUGACAUCCUAAAGGAAGAGUUCCCUCAGGAUGUGUUCGGGAACUUGGGCCAUAUAUAUGGCAAGGACAAGGAAGGCCGUCCUGUAACCUACAAUCUCUACGGAGGAAACCAGGAUCUAAAGGCUGUAUUUGGAGACGUGGACCGUUUCAUCAGGUGGCGUGUGCAACUAAUGGAAAAGGGCAUAGCUCUCAUCGACUUUGAGAAUAUUGAUCAAAUGGUUCAGGUUCAUGACUAUGAAGGUGUUGGUCUGAGAAGUCGUGAUGCAAACUCAAAGAAAGCAGCAGCCACUGCCUCCACCAUUUUCCAGGAUUAUUACCCCGAAUUCCUUUAUAAGAAAUUCUUCGUCAACGUUCCUGCCAUCUUCAACUGGAUAUUCUGGCUCUUCAAGCCGAUCAUCUCGGCUCAGACCCUGGCGAAGAUGAGCGUUGUUGGUACGGGCGCACAAGUAAUUGGGAAGGAAUUGCUCCCUAUAGUUGAUGCGAAGGAACUGCCGAAACGAUAUGGUGGUGAAGCAGAUGCUUUCUGAAUUUAGAUAUCCAAAUUUUUGUUUGAUUUUGCUUGUGUUUUGCUUUUACGAUUUCACGCGUUACGAGAGGUGAUUGACGAGAGAGGGCCGAGGCUACAAGGAUUUAACUUUUGAUUCCGUCUACAGUGCUUGUUUGUAUUUUCUUACUGUUUAGACAUGUCAAACUGGCCAUGAUGCACGAGUCACGUUAUUUUACGAAUAAAGUGAAACCUCGCAUGUAGCGCAGGUCUGCA